GGUUUCCUGCCCCUCACAUGACAGCGGCCCGGCUGCGCCAUGGCGGAAGCCGAGGAGAAGGAAACCAGGUCUAAUGAGGAAUCAACAGAUGAAUCUGAGUGUUUUGCCUCUAUCCUUCCUACAGAGGUGCAGCAUCUUGUAAAGGAAGAUGAGAGUGAAGAAGAACCUAAGCUGAAGUAUGAACGGCUUUCUAAUGGAGUGACUGAAAUUCUCCAGAAGGAUGCAGCCAGCUGCAUGACAGUGCAUGAAAAGUUUUUGGCACUGGGAACACAUUAUGGCAAAGUUUAUUUACUUGAUGUCCAGGGGAACAUCACACAGAAGUUUGAUGUUAGCGCAGUGAAGAUAAAUCAGAUCAGCCUGGAUGAAAGUGGAGAACAUAUGGGUGUUUGCUCAGAAGAUGGCAAGGUGCAAGUGUUUGGAUUGUAUUCAGCAGAAGAGUUUCAUGAAACAUUUGACUGUCCUAUUAAAAUUGUUGCUGUUCAUCCUCAAUUUGUAAGAUCCCACUUCAAGCAAUUUGUAACAGGAGGAAAAAAGUUGCUGUUAUAUGAGAGAGGCUGGAUGAAUAGAUGGAAGCCUUCGGUUUUACAUGAAGGGGAAGGAAAUAUAAGAAAUGUAAAAUGGAGAGGACACUUAAUUGCUUGGGCCAAUAAUAUGGGCGUGAAGAUACUUGAUAUGAUCUCCAAGCAAAGAAUUACCAAUGUGCCUCGAGACGACAUAAGCCUUCGCCCAGAUAUGUAUCCCUGCAGCCUUUGCUGGAAGGAUAAUUUAACGCUGAUUAUUGGCUGGGGAAAUUCAGUAAAGAUCUGCUCAGUAAAAGAACGGCAUGCCAGUGAAAUACGUGACCUUCCAAACCGCUACGUGGAAAUAGUUUUCCAAUUCGACACCGAAUUCUACAUCAGUGGACUUGCACCUAUCUGCGACCAGCUUGUUAUACUUUCAUAUGUAAAAGAGAUCUCAGACAAAACGGCUGUUGAGUGUUGUGCAAGGCCUAGACUGGAUAUUGUACAACCCCUACCUGAGUCCUGUGAGGAGAUUUCUUCUGAUGCACUAACAGUACGAGGCUUUCAGGAAAAUGAAUGUCGAGAUUAUCAUUUGGAGUAUUCCGAAGGUGAAUCACUGUUUUAUAUCAUCAGCCCAAGAGAUGUGGUUGUGGCUAAAGAGCGGGACCAAGAUGACCACAUUGACUGGCUUCUUGAAAAGAAGAAAUAUGAAGAAGCUUUGAUGGCAGCUGAGAUCAGUCAGAAAACCAUAAAAAAGCACAAGAUUUUGGACAUCGGCUUAGCCUAUGUAAAUCACCUAGUGGAGAAAGGAGAGUAUGACCUGGCUGCUCGAAAGUGCCAGAAAAUUCUUGGCAAAAACACAGAACUCUGGGAAUUUGAAGUUUAUAAAUUUAAAGAAAUAGGUCAGCUUAAGGCAAUUAGUCCUUACUUGCCAAGACGGGAUCCAGUUUUGAAACCUCUGAUCUAUGAAAUGGUCCUGCAUGAGUUUUUGGAGAGUGACUAUGAGGGGUUUGCAACCCUUAUAAAAGAGUGGCCUGGAGAUCUGUACAACAACACAAUCAUAGUUCAAGCUGUAGUGGAUCACCUGAAGAAAGAUCCACAGAACAGGACUUUGCUACGAACACUUGCAGAAUUGUAUACUUACGACCAGCGCUAUGGCAGAGCCCUAGAAAUCUACCUGACUCUGAGGCACAAAGACGUCUUCCAGUUGAUCCACAAGCACAAUCUCUUCAGUUCUAUCAGAGACAAAAUUGUUCUCCUCAUGGAUUUUGAUUCAGAGAAAGCGGUAGACAUGCUUUUGGAUAACGAAGAUAAAAUUUCCAUUGACAGAGUUGUUGAAGAAUUAGAGAACAGACCUGAGUUACAGCACGUGUAUUUGCACAAGCUUUUCAAAAGAGAUCACCAUAAAGGUCAACGAUAUCAUGAGAAACAGAUCAGCCUUUAUGCUGAAUACGAUCGACCAAACUUACUACCAUUUCUCAGAGACAGCACACACUGUCCACUGGAGAAGGCUCUUGAGAUCUGCCAACAAAGGAACUUUGUAGAAGAGACAGUCUAUCUUCUGAGCAGAAUGGGUAAUAGCCGCAGUGCCUUGAAGAUGAUAAUGGAAGAACUGCAAGAUGUAGAUAAAGCUAUUGAAUUUGCCAAGGAACAAGAUGAUGGAGAACUUUGGGAAGACCUCAUUUUAUAUUCUAUUGACAAACCACCUUUUAUUACUGGUUUGUUGAACAAUAUUGGAACCCAUGUUGAUCCUAUUCUUUUGAUUCACCGCAUUAAGGAAGGCAUGGAGAUUCCUAAUUUGAGAGAUUCACUAGUGAAAAUUCUUCAGGACUACAACUUGCAGAUCUUGCUGCGAGAAGGUUGCAAAAAGAUACUUGUUGCUGAUUCUCUUUCUUUAUUGAAGAAAAUGCAUCGAACUCAGAUGAAGGGUGUUCUAGUAGAUGAGGAGAAUAUCUGUGAAUCAUGUCUGUCUCCAAUACUUCCUUCAGAUGCAUCCAAAUCCUUCAACGUGGUAGUGUUCCACUGCAGACAUAUGUUUCACAAAGAGUGCCUACCCGUAUCUAACACAGUAUCUCCUGUCCAGUUCUGCAACAUAUGCAGUGCCAAACACCGAGGCCCUGGAAGUGCAAUCCUGGAGAUGAAGAAAUAGCAGUCCCCUAGUUCAUCAUGUCAGUCUGUGACACAAAAUCUGUUAGGACCAUGCGGGGCCACUGUAUUUUUCUGUUAGACAUCAUUUCUGUAUAUAAUUUUGAUUGUGACUAAAAAUUGGUUUCUGUAAUUUAUCCAGUUUAUUGAGCAUUUCUGGGAAAGAGAAAAUGUAAAAAUCUUUCCCUAGUAAGUCUUAGUAAUGCAGUUCAUAUGUUAUGGUUCCUUUGCUCAGCUUGUUACUUUACUCUGAACAGAAAACAAAAAGAAAUAAAAUUGGAAGGAAAGAAAACA